GUAAGUCUCGAUCAGUCGAUGACACAGCCAAGGAGGACCCAUGUCUUACUGGGGUGGUGUUAGCCUAAGAUGGUGUUGGCGUUUGUGGUCGGAGUCCUGUGCGUGUGGGGCCGCUUGAGCGUCGCAAACCCUGAAGCGAAGCGGCUGUACGACGACCUCCUGUCCAACUACAACAGACUCAUCAGGCCCGUUGGCAACAACUCGGAUCGGCUCACCGUCAAGAUGGGACUACGGCUCAGUCAACUCAUCGACGUUAAUCUUAAGAAUCAAAUCAUGACAACGAACGUUUGGGUAGAACAGGAAUGGAACGACUACAAGCUGAAGUGGAACCCGGACGACUACGGCGGCGUCGACACCUUACACGUGCCUUCAGAACACAUAUGGCUGCCUGACAUCGUGCUGUACAAUAACGCUGAUGGUAACUACGAAGUGACGAUCAUGACGAAAGCCAUCCUGCACCACGACGGUAAAGUUGUAUGGAAGCCGCCCGCCAUUUAUAAGUCCUUCUGCGAGAUCGACGUCGAGUACUUCCCCUUCGAUGAGCAAACCUGCUUUAUGAAGUUUGGUUCUUGGAGCUAUGAUGGGUAUACGGUGGAUUUGAGGCACUUAAAGCAGACACCGGACUCGGAUCACAUAGGGAUGGGCAUCGAUCUGUCGGAGUACUACAUUUCCGUCGAGUGGGACAUCAUGCGAGUACCGGCCACGAGGAACGAGAAAUUCUACUCUUGCUGCGAAGAACCUUAUCCUGAUAUUAUUUUCAACCUCACCCUGAGGAGAAAAACUCUCUUCUACACGGUCAACCUCAUCAUCCCUUGCGUUGGAAUAUCUUUCCUAUCAGUUUUAGUGUUCUACCUCCCGUCAGAUUCAGGAGAGAAGAUCUCUCUGUGUAUCUCCAUUUUGCUCUCGCUGACCGUGUUCUUCCUGUUGUUAGCAGAAAUCAUUCCCCCCACUUCACUAACAGUACCUUUACUAGGAAAAUAUUUAUUAUUUACCAUGAUGCUAGUAACACUGUCAGUCGUAGUCACUAUUGUGGUGCUAAACGUAAAUUUUAGAUCCCCAGUUACCCACCAUAUGGCGCCGUGGGUGCGGAAAGUCUUUAUAGAUUUUUUACCCAGAAUAUUAUGUAUACAGAGGCCGGAAAAGCCGCCUGACGAUGAUGAAAACGAUAAACCGACUGAGGUACUGACUGAUGUCUUCAGCGGUGAUGACAUGGAUGGAAAGUUCAAGGAAUGGGCCUGUGAAGAAUACGAACUGCCAGGAAUGCCUCCUUCGCCACCUCCACCCCCAGGCGGUGACGAUGAACUAUUCUCCCCACCCCCAGGAUCCCCCUGCCGCUUAGACCUCGACGAUUGCAGUCCGUCUCUAGAGAAACCUUAUGUCAGAGAGAUGGAGAAGACUAUAGAAGGUUCCAGGUUUAUAGCGCAGCAUGUUAAAAAUAAGGAUAAGUUUGAGAGUGUUGAGGACGACUGGAAGUACGUGGCGAUGGUCCUGGAUAGGAUCUUCCUGUUCGCGUUCACGAUAGCUUGUGUCCUGGGCACGGCACUAAUAAUAUUUAGAGCGCCGACUUUCUACGACCACGCGAAGCCUAUAGACAUCCUCUACUCGAAGAUUGCCAAGAAGAAGUUGGAGUUGCUCAAAAUGGGCUCGGAAGGCGACCCGGGUCUCUGAAAUUCGUCUUACGUCUUCGGCCACUCGCCGCCGAAGACGUUCUGGGAGCUGAUCGUGAUGUGGUGGCACGGAUGAUCGAUGUAAAGCUCCCAGAUGGGAAUCUGUGAGGCGAGAACUUGUCUUGUGCUCAGUGUGGUGCCAAACGUUCGACGCGUCAUGGGACGUUUUACGCCCGGCGUGUCAAAAACCGUCUUUUUAUAUAGAUAGACUCAUUCGCGAGACUGUGUCCGUCGUUAGUCGAAUCAAAAACAAAGGAACCUCAAGGUCGUGGCCGUUUUGUAUUGACGUCGAAUCCGCCGUCAAUAUUUUUAUAUUCGAAUCGCCGUAUAUACUAUACUUUUUAAGCGUAACAUUGUAUUUUUUUUUAAUUUCUUAAUUACAUUAUUUCUUAAUCAAAAAAGGUUAAUUAGUAUGAGCGCACAAACAUUGUAUAGUUUUUUAAGAGGUAUGAUUUUAUUUGUGGUAUCGGUUUUGUAACAUAUUAGGGUAAGCGUCGACCGGCUCACAGAGUUUCCAAAGGACACGCCGGACGCAACGGUUAUCUAUUUACUUUCUAUGAAUAUCAUAAAGCAUUGCUUCCAUAUUUCCAGCUCGGCAUCAUCC